UUUUUUUCUAAUCAAAGACCGGAAGCCGACUCUCCCUGCACUUCAGAAUGAAUCUCGCUACACUUGUUUUUGCCUCCGUGGCUGCCGUGACCACCAUCGCUCUCGACAACGGACUGAUGAAGACCCCUCCGAUGGGCUGGCUGGCUUGGGAACGAUACCGCUGUAAUGUUGAUUGUGAGAACGAUCCCAAGAACUGCAUAAGUGAGAAUCUGUUCAUCGACAUGGCCGACAGACUCUACGAGGAUGGCUGGAAGGAGCUCGGCUACAACUACGUGAACAUCGAUGACUGCUGGACCCUGAGGGAGAGAGACCAGCAGGGACGACUGCAGGCCGACCCCAAGAGGUUUCCUGGGGGAAUCAAACGUUUGGCAGACUAUAUGCACAACAGGGGGCUCAAACUAGGCAUCUACGGUGACAUGGGCACCUACACCUGCAUGGGCUACCCCGGCACUCCGGUGGAGAAGAUUCAAGUAGACGCGCUGACGUUCGCAGAGUGGGAGGUGGACAUGCUUAAAUAUGACGGCUGUUAUUCCAACGACACAGAUCAGGCAUUGGGUUAUCCUCUUAUGGCUAAGGCUUUAAACAAUACAGGCCGACCCAUUGGCUACUCCUGCAGCUGGCCCGCGUACCAGGGUGGCCUGCCACCUAAGGUAAAUUACACUCAGCUGGGUGAGAUCUGUAACCUGUGGCGGAACUAUGGUGACAUCCAGGACUCUUGGAGCAGCGUGCUGAUGAUUAUUGACUGGGUUUUUACAAACCAGGAUGUCCUGACACCUGCAGCGGGACCUGGAAAGUGGAAUGAUCCUGACAUGCUGAUUAUUGGUGACUUUGGCCUCAGUCUGGAUCAGUCUCGCAGUCAGAUGGCUCUGUGGGCCAUCAUGGCCGCUCCUCUUUUCAUGUCCACUGACCUUCGCACCAUCAGCGGCGAGGCUCGGACCAUCCUGCAGAACAAAAUGAUCAUCAGCAUCGACCAGGAUGUGUUGGGCAUCCAGGGAAGACGCAUUUUGAAGGAGAAGAGUAACAUUGAGGUGUACUGGCGCCCCCUGUCAAACAACGCCAGUGCUUUAGUUUUCUUUAGCCGCCGUACCGACAUGCCUUAUCGCUACAAGACUUCCCUCAGCAAACUCAACUACACCACUGGCACCUACAAGGUGCACGAUGUUUUCACUGAUAAGACCGACGUGCUGAUGGACUCCACAGUGUUCGAGGUGGCGGUGAACCCCACAGGUGUGGUCAUGUGGUACCUCUCUGCACCUGCAAAACCACAGAGCCUCCACUUCCUCAGAGGAGGCAAACGCCACGGAGCUGCCUACGACCCGGAGGAAAACGGCAUUCCUCAGGGCUUCCUUUGAUCUCGUAUCACCUUUUUUUUAAAAUUGUUUUUGUUUUACUAGAAAUAUUUUUAUGUGGUUUGAUUUGAUCAAAGUGCACACACGAUUUGCCUUCUCAAAGAAAUUAUUGUACUACCUCCGAAUGAAUGUGUUCUUAAAUUUUUCUUUCUAAGUUAUGAAACUACAACCACCGUAGUGACAGAUUUUUUUGUUUUUAUUCUGGGACAUCUGUUCGUUAGAACAACUUUUUAUUCAGCAGAAUCAAAUCUAUUUUUAAAAAAUGAUGCAGAUGAGCAUUUUUAUAUUUCAACUGAUUUUAAAUGGCACUUUUGGUUCUCCAUUGCUCUGACUGUUCUUGUGUCAGAAUUUUGCCUGAUAUUUUAGCAGUGAGAGUCGACAACAUUUUGUUUUUAAAUUGUAUUUAAUGUUAUUUUUAAAUUGUUUACAAAAAAUGUGGACUUUGAUUUGGAAAUUUCUCUGUUCUUCAAAACAUGGAAUAAAAAGAUUUUCUAAAAUAUUAA